UCUCUUCCCUUCCCUCCGCCCCAUCCUCUUCCUCUCCCCAUUUCCCAGAGGCUCCAGCCGGGGGAAGGACAGGUUUGGAGCAGUGCUGGAGCAGUGUUGGAGCAGAGAGCAGAGAGCCUGGUGAUGGGGGUGGGGGAGGGGAGAACAGCAGCUGAGAGAGGAGGAGAAUCGACUGGCACGCCAGCCUGCCUCUCUUCGGUGGGGCACCGAGCCUGGUCAAAGCCGGAGCCACAGCCACGCUGAGCCAUAGCCCCCCGCAGCCCAAGAUAGGACCAGGGACAAGAGAACAAAGGAACCUGAGAAGCCCACUCUGCCUCCUCUUCUCUCCCUCCUCUCCCUCUCUCUCUCCCUCUCCCUUCCUCCCUUCCGCCCCGCCUCUCUCCUUCUCUCUCCUUUUCCCUUCCUCUGUCUCUGCCUCUUUGCGCUUGCCCUCCUCUCCCUCUCGGUUUCCAGGCCAUGUUGCUGCCGUGAGUCAGGUACCCCGCGGGGUUUGGAGUGCUCACUAUGGCAGGCAGGAAGCCUGAGCUGAAGAGAAGCUUCUCCAUCAUCCCCUGUUUUGUGUUUGUGGAGUUGGUGAUCCUGGCGGCUGUGGUACUGCUGGCCUAUCAGCUGGAGUACACGGACACCUUCCCUGUGCAUGUGCAGGGCUUCUUCUGCUAUGACAGCACCUACGCCAAGCCCUACCCCGGCCCCGAGGAGGCCAGUCGGGCACCCCCCGUCCUCGUCUACUCGCUGGUCACUGCUGGGCCCACACUCACGAUCCUGCUGGGGGAAAUGGCCUUUGCCUUCUUCCCCUCGGGCCGGCGAGAGGAGAAAACCAUCAUCUCAGGAGACUGCUGCUACUUCAGCCCCGCACUGCGCCGACUUGUCCGAUUUCUGGGUGUUUACUCCUUCGGCCUCUUCACCACUACCAUCUUUGCCAACGCGGGGCAGGUGGUGACAGGCAACCCCACCCCCCACUUCCUGUCAGUCUGCCGCCCCAACUACACAGCCCUGGGCUGUCAGCCACCGACCACCCAUUACGUCACAGACUUAGGGGCCUGUGCCGGCAACCCCCUGCUGGUGACCGCCGCCCGAAAGGCCUUUCCCUCCAAGGACGCUGCCCUCUGCGCUUAUGCCGUCGUCUACACCGUGAUGUAUGUGACCCUCGUAUUCAAACUGAAGGGCUCCCGGCUGGCCAAGCCUUCGGUGUGCUUGGCACUUCUGUGCCCGGCAUUCCUGGUGGGUGUGGUGCGCGUGGCAGAGUACCGGAACCACUGGUCAGAUGUGCUGGCCGGCUUCCUGACUGGGGGGGCCAUCGCCACCUUCCUGGUCACCUGCGUAGUGAACAAGUUCCAGAGCCAGAGGCCAGCGGGCAGGAGGGGGGCACUGCCGGAGAGCCUGGGCACCAAGCCCACUAUGGCCCUGCCAUGCGUCGACAGCCCCCUUGAAAAGUUAAGUGUGGCACAGGACCCCAGCUCGCCAACGCCUCUGCUGCAGCCCGUGUGCCACACCCCUCCCAAAUCUCAGAGCUGUGUCCGCAGUGGUCACUUGAUCCCCAGCUGUGUGUCCUCCCGGGGCCCCCCGAUGUGCUCGUCCCCUCGCGCUCGCUCACGAGCGAAGUCUGAGCCGUCGCAGUCGCAGCCGCCGCCACCGUCGCAGUCGUCCUCCCAGCCCCAACCCCAGCCCCAGCCCCAGCCCCAGCCCCAGCCCCAGCCCCAGCCCCAGCUGCUCUCCCCAGGGCAUGGGGGGGCUGGGGGGGGCGGGCGUGGCCGCAAGAUGCUGCUGCCCACCCCUCUGCUGAGGGAUUUUUACACCCUCAGUGGACUCUACCCUUCCCCCUUCCACCGGGACAGCUUUAGUCCCUACCUGUUUGCCAGCCGUGACCACCUCCUGUGAGCAUGUAGGGACCUGGGCUGGGUGCGGGGUGGGGGUGGG